AUGCUGGCCGUGGUGCUUGCCGCCGCGGCGCUCCUGAACUGGCAGCUGGACCCAGACCGCUGGCACAAGGUUUUGACAGGCACCAUUGCGCUGCGAGCAGGCGGUGUGCGGGCGCUGUACAAUUCUUUCCGGUUCGUCGGCCCACCAGCCAACACCGACUUUGUGAUUUUGUGCACCCAGGAGCUGGAGGAGGCGCACAGGCAGGAGCUGCGCAGCUGGGGCAUCAAAGUGCUGGAGGUGGAGCACUUUCGGGCCUGGCAGCUGACGCAGUACGACCGAGUGCUGUUGCUGGACACAGAUGUGAUUUUCCUGCGGCGGCUGGACAAGGUCUUUACCUGGUGCACUCCAGUCAUGGCUUCAGACCUGCCGCCCUCAGACUUCAAGCCGGCAGGCAUGUUCAUCUCUACCGCUUGUCGCAUUUGCACCUUCGUGUGCUGGAUGGACCCGGGCCUGCUGUCAGGCGUGGAAACACUGGUGAUCGAUCAGACGAUUCUGGGCAGCGCCUUUGCUGACAAGUGGAAUUUCCGGCCGCCGCUGCAGACCAUCAAGCGCGGCCUGGAGGGCAAGAGCAAGCAGGAGGCUGUGGAGACGCUGGACGAUCUGGGAUCCUUCCUGCUGCACUUUGUGGGCAGCAACAAGCCAUGGCUCAAUAAGACGGAAGAGGACAGGGUUUAUGCAGGCGCGCACGAGCUCUGGUGGGAUAUGCGGAACCUGCAAAAUUGA